UACAGAGCUCUUCUGGAAUAAUCAAAUCAUAGAACUCUACAUCGUAGGAUGGAACAGAAACAUUGGCUCAGCUAAAGAGUGGGUGUUUUCCUUAGAUUGUGGAAUCAUGGCCGAUGGUUAGGACCUUAAAUAUAUCGAGGUGGCUAAUUGAUGUAUAAUAAUUUACAAAAUUAUUCUUCUACGCUACAGAGCUACAAUUCAAUUUACAGUAGUAAAUAUGAGGGCCUUCUUAAGGAAUCAGAAAUAUGAGGAUAUGCACAAUAUUAUUCACAUUUUACAGAUCAGAAAAUUGAGGCACAGAUUAAGUAACUUCCCAAGGCUACCAGGCAUUCUAGCUCCAGAAGCUGCGCUCUUACCAUUCUGCAACAAGACAUUUCGAAAAAAAGAAAAAGUAAAAAGAAGUCAAAAGGCAACAGAGUUCAUUGAUUAUUCCGCAGAACAGUCACACCAUGCCAUUCUCACACCCUUGCAGACACACUUGACCAUGAAAGGUUCCUCAAUGAAAGAUUCCUCAUUAUCUUCAGAAGCCAUAUUAUUCACAUUGACCUUGCAGUUAACUCAGACCCUAGGUCUGGAAUGCUGUCUUCUCUACCUAUCCAAAACUAUACAUCCACAGACCAUAUAAACUCUCAGCCCUGCUGCAAAGCCUUUCCAGAAAAAUAAAAAUGGUUGAAAAGGCAAUUCUGCUACCAAUGACUGUUUAAGCCCAGCCAAGUAACUGAACCAUUCCAACUUCAAUUUACUUAUGAAAAGAAUUUGAUGAUGUAGGAGGUUAUUUCAAUUAUAAAAUACAAACCCAUGUUGAUCUUUCUCAAUCUUGAACUCAUAGAUUAUUAUCUAUUAUCUCAAUUUAGUUUGUUAUUUAUCCUAGUGGGCCA